AUGGUCCACAGAUGUGUCCCAAAAAUCCCCCUCCCGCAUGCCGUACGCUUCGUUCGUCUGCAGACGGCACGCUCAGCCUGCUACGAGUUCCAGCUGGCUGUUGUCGAGAACAGAGCAGACUCCCACAAGGCUGGCGCUGAUUUGGCGCGAGUCAAAACCGACCUGCCGACAAAGACGAAGCUGUUCAGACGGACGGAAGCCGAGAAGCAGACGGCACGCUCGGCCUGCUACGAGUACCCGCUGGCGGGAAUCCAGAACAGGCAAAACGCUUACAGAGCGAGCAUUGCCUUGGCGCAAGGCAAGCAGGACUUGCAGAAAAUGACCCAGAUGGUAGCCCGGUUCAACGUCCAGACGCAGGCAAGUGCUCCCCAGCGCUUACGGAUGCUUUGUUUAAACGCCGCAUUGGUGAAGGAGGAAGGGAAGACGGAAAAGGCGGAACGUGACUUGGCUACUUGUCGUGCCAAGUACGAGCGAGCUACGCUCACGCUAAGAUACGGUAUCUUACUGCACAACGUGGAAGGGAUCCGCAAGCACGACAGACACCGAUUGCCUGGCCCCGAUAGAAGACAGCCGUGAUGAUCAGACGAUACGGUGGUGAGAAUAAUUUGUGCACCUCUCGGUAAAACUUGUACCAUGGUACAGUCC